GGGAAACUGGAAAAUGUGAAGCUUUUCAAUAGACACAGCCACAGCUUUAAAGAGCGAGGAUUGCCUAAGAUAGAUUCUUCUAGAGACAAACCUGUAGCCGCUGCAAUCACUAUCAAUCAACAGGGGAAACAUACGGACAGAUGUAGGGCUCGCUCGACAGGAAGAUUUUUUGGCGAUGUUUGACCCAAAUGUGAGAGACACUUAUGGAGAGACUUCAGUCUGACUUGGACUGCUGAGGUACUUCCACCACUUUAAUGCAAAGACAAAAUGGGAAGUCUGAAAGACGAGAUGAGAGGACUCAAAGGGGACCACGAGCCUUGUGAGGAGACAGACGAUGGAGAGCGUCCAGGUAGCUCAGGUGGCACCGCUGAAUCCGAGGGACCUCAGAUAAACAAGAGUCAAGAGUCAACAACUCAAGAGGACGAUCAGCCAAAACACCACACGAAUACCAGCCAUGCCGAGGAGAGAGACGAGACUGCAAGAUCCAAAGAUCAAGCACUUUCAGGAGGCGCUUGUGUUAAAGACUCUACGCAGACUGAUGCCAUUUCUCUGACAAAACAGCCCGAAGAUGAUGAAAAACAUAACACGACAGUUUCUAACGAGCUGCCGAGUGAUGGAGAUGGUAAAAUUCAGGGGGAGACAUCUCAGGAUAAAACCACAGGUUAUAACAAAGACAAAGACACAGACAUUGAAAGUAUAUCUGUGCCAGUGCCAGCAACUCCAAACCCAUCAGACCCACGAACCCCAGCUCCUGCCGGCCAGCAACACAUGCACACACAGGUCAGCCUGGAGGUGGUCCAGUGUCACUCUGCAGCCACCAGCCCCAUGACGCCUCCUGAGGGCCAGUCCUUCUUCUUUCCAAGCUCUUUUGGGAAGAUCGGACUUGUGGGUGGUGGCACCAAAGAUGCUGAGCUACAGGUGGGUCAGCAGGUGGAAUUCUGCUCUGUUGCCACAUCCCCCAUGACCCCAAAGACACCCUCAACCACGGCUUUCCCAGAGCUCAUCGGCAGGGAGACGGUGCAGAAGGUGGAGAAAGUGAAACAGAGUGAGGUGCAGAGGGAGAGUGGCCAGCAGCAGGAGAGUCUCUCCGCAACAAAAAGUCUGGAAAAGACAGAGAUCAGUGGAGCUUUGAAAUGUGCCGCAACAAAGGAGCCGAGUGAGGACUUUGGUUCAAAUGCAUCUCAUGAGAGCUCCAUCAGCUGCCCCGCCGUCGGGUUAAUAGUUUCACAAGUAACUCAGGAGGACAGUAAUCAGCAAUGUAAGCAGCAGAGGAUGGGGAGUAUGGAUCAAGACAUUACAAUUCUUGUGACCCACUAUGCCAACACUGAGGAGGAAGAGGAACAGAGGGCUGAGUCAUCUUUUACCAUUGAGCCCGAGAUGGUCAAAAUAGAUGAAUAUGAGGAGCUUGGUGAUGUAAAGAGUGAGGAUGGAGAGGAGAACAUCUCCACAGAAAUCCCUGAUGUACAGGACACCUCAAACAAAACCGAAGAAUCCUCUGUAUCUGCUUAUGAUGAACCAAAAACAGAUGUGAUAUCUGACAAUUCAAAGAAAGAAGAUGAAAGUGCAGAGUUGAGAGACGUGACAAAGCCUCCCGUCCCUGAAUCUCCAGCUCCUUUUGGCUGCCACAACAUUCGCACGCAGGUGAGCCUGGAGGUGGUGCAGUGCCAGUCUGCGGCCACCAGCCCCAUGACUCCUCCUGAGGGGGACCAGGCUUUCUACUUCCCCAGCUCUUUAGGGAGGUGUGAAGGUGUGGGCACGGAGACUAAAGACGCUGAGCUGCAGGUGGGGCAACAGGUGGAGUUUCGCUCUGUCGCUACAGCACCUAUGACCCCGAGAACGCCCACUGUCACGACUUUUCCUGACAUCAAGAAGGAUGCGAGCAUAGAGGAAAAGAUAGUGGAGGAGGAGGAAGAGGAGGAGGAGGAUAAAAAGGAGCAGGUGGUGGAGGACAAAGAAGAGGAGAAAGCAACCAAAGAGAAAAAGGAGGAAGCAGCUGAAGAGGACACAAAGGAGGCAAUGAAUUGUAAGGAGAAGUGCGAGGAGCCGGUGCAGGAGGUGAGCUGGGAUGAAAAGGGGAUGACGUGGGAGGUGUACGGGGCAGUGGUGGAGGUGGCUGUGUUGGGCUCAGCUAUCCAAAAACACCUGGAGAAACAGGUGAAGAAGCAGAAGCCAUCCAUGCCUCCCCCACCUCCACUUAACCCCUCAGCUAUGCCCCUCUCCUCAGACACCAUCCAGGGGGGUUCGGGGUCAGGUUCGGGUAAGAGCCGGACAGGGAAGAGGGGAGACGGGGAAGUGAGCCGACGCAGAAGAAACCCCUUCCGUCAGCUGAUGGAGAACAUGCAGCAGCCACAUUGUUGCUCCAAAGCUCACACUGCCGAGUGACACGAGAAUCCUGUCGAGACAACAACAGCUGGUUGGAGGAAGAAAAACGCGUGGUGUAAAAAAUCACAGGAUUUAUGUGUCUGUGAUACACCGAUUUACUUCGACGUGACAUUGUCUCGAAAGUGUGAGAAGAAAAAUCAGCUCCUCACACGAGACAAAAAGCACAAAAGCAUUCAACUUGCGUCAUGGAGCUUUGAGAAUCAGCCAUACUAGAUGGAGUUUUACUUUUUUUCUUGGACUUCCAUGUUUCUAUGUUUGGAAAAAUGAGGGUGAUAUAUCAGUGCCAUCGUUAGUGCUUCUGCUUUAAUGUUUUUCACCCAGACCAUUCAUCUGUCCGCCGAACCAUGUUCGCUGUUGAUGCUUUUUUAAUGCACCUCGGACAAUAUGAAGCCAUGAAUCUCCUGGUCGCUUAGAAGCUUCAGCUGAGAGAAGUGAUAAUAGACAGUGACAGUUUUUGGUCAUGAUUUACGACCUAGUGGUCACAACCUGGAUUUAAAUUUGUUUCCAAAGUAUGGAGGUUAAAAUUGAUCUAUGUUGAAUUGAUCUGUGUGAGAGAGGACGCCCUACCAUU